AUUGUUCCUAGGCCGUCAUUGAAAAUAAGAAUUUGUUCUUAACUGACUUGUCUAGUUAAACAAAGGUUCUAUUUGGACUUGCUAAUUGGUUGUAGUUAUGUGUUGGUUAUACACACGGGAAAGCACGACAUUUAUUAAAAAAUAAAUCCAUACUCAGCUUCAGUGAAACAUGACCGUUUAAGUCGUUCGUGUCAGAGUUCCUAGUAUCUACCAGCACAAGAACGCCGCAUAACGAUGUUAUUUUGUUUUAUAAGUCGUGCCUUCCCAGAAACCUAAUUUUAAACAUCAGAGAAUAACUUUCAGUUUCAAUAUAAUCAAUGAUUUCAUUUACAGACUGAACAACAACCGUACUGUACAACGUCGCAGAGUGUUUCUAUAGGACAGCAUCAUGACAGGCCAGACAGUAUCCAUGAAGGAACCAGUAUGUCUGAUAGAGAACGACAGUGAUGGGAAGCUGUGUGUGGUCCGCAGUGCACUGGACAUCCUGGACCAGAUUGACCAGCAUGUGGUAGUGGUGUCGGUGGUCGGGCUGUACCGCACCGGCAAGUCCUACCUCAUGAACAAGCUGGCUGGCGAGAAGAAAGGUUUUGCCCUGGGAGCCACCAUCCAGUCCAAAACUAAGGGCAUCUGGAUGUGGUGUGUGCCUCACCCUGAAAAAAGAGACCACACCCUGGUGCUGCUGGAUACAGAGGGGCUGGGGGACGUGGAGAAGGGUGAUGAGAAGAAUGACAACUGGAUCUUUUCCCUGGCUGUCCUACUCAGCAGUACUCUGGUGUACAACAGCAUGGGAACCAUCGACAACAAUGCCCUGGAGAAACUACACUAUGUGACAGAACUGACAGAGCACAUCAAGGUGAAGUCCAACCAGCGAGACGGGGAGGAAUCUUCAGAGUACCUGCGUUACUUUCCUUCCUUUGUGUGGACAGUCAGAGAUUUCACCCUGACCCUGGAGGUUGAUGGAAGACCCAUCACAGCCAAUGAGUACCUGGAGAAUGCUCUUAAACUGAGAACAGGUCAUAGUGAGAAAGAUCAGGCAUACAAUCUGCCUCGUAGCUGCCUGCGGAACUAUUUCUCUCCUCGCUGGUGCUUUGUGUUUGAGAGGCCAGCCAGCAGAGACAAAAUGAGACGUAUUGAGGAGCUGACCGACGCUGACCUGGAGCCUGCCUUUGUGGAGCAAGCCAAGGAGUUCUGUGACCACGUCUUCAAUGACGCCAAGACCAAGACCCUGAAACAGGGCCUGAAAGUUACCGGCAGACUGCUGGGAAACCUGGCAGAGACGUAUGUGUCUGCCAUCCGGAGUGGGCAGAUCCCCUGCCUAGACAAUGCUGUGUUGGCGCUGGCCCAAAUUGAGAACUCCGGUGCCAUCGAGAGGGCCAGGGCCCACUACCAGAAGGGCAUGGCUGACUGGGUGGCCUACCCCACAGAGACCCAAGAGGAGCUGUCUGAAGUGCAUGCUGUCAUGGAGAAGGAGGCUGUGGCCAUAUUCAUCAACAACUCCUUCAAAGACGAGGACCAGAAGUACCAGUUGGAGCUCAUGAAAGUGGUUCAAGAGGAGUAUGAGAAGAUCUGUGAGAGGAACUACAAGGAGUCCCAGAAGGCAUGCGAGUCCAAAAUCCAAUGCAUCUUUGCCCCCCUGGAGGAGAAAAUAAGGGAUGGCUCCUACAUGACCCCUGGAGGAUACAAAGAGUACUGCAACGACCUGAAACUGGCCACCAGCGAAUACAGAUCUGAGGGAGGAAGGGGAGUGAAGGCUGAAGAGGUACUGAAGGAGUACUUGGGAAGGAAGGCCAGCAUUGGUGAGGCCAUCCUGUCAGCAGACCACUCCCUCACUGAAGCUGAGCAGAGAGCAGAAGCGGAGCAAGCAAAAAGGGAGGCAUCUGAGCGGGAGAAUCGAGCCAUGGAGGAGCAGCUGGUUGUCCAGGAGAGGUUGAGAGCGGACCAGCAAAGGACGUAUGAGGAGAAUGUGAACCAGCUGAUGGAGAGGAUGGAGAGAGACAGCAGAAAUGCCAUAGCAGAGCACAAUAGAGUUCUGCAGGCCAGACUCAAGGAGCAGAAUGACCUUCUCCGGCAAGGGUUUGAUGACAGAGCACACCAAAUGCAAAGAGAGAUAGAUGCCCUUAAGGGUGCGAAGGCACAAGAGGAAGAGAAAAAACCCUCAUUUAUGAGCACAGCUCUGGAUACUGUUGGGACUGCAGCUGCCUUGUUCCUUCCAGGAAUAAUUCCCAAAGUAGGAGGAAUGGCUGUGAAAUGGCUGUCGAAGUUGUUCUGAUGUAGGUUCCCGAGGAGGAUGAUGAGCUGUUAUUCUUAUAGACGUGGAUUGAUUGAAUCUGUAUUUAUUGAUAGUUGAUUCAUGGAUUUAGGUUAAGCACUCAGUUAAGGUUUUAGGUUAUGUUUUGAAUAAAUAUUUUGAAUGCCUAAUCAUGAUAAACUAAUGCUUUUAGAAAACACACCUAAAAAUGGUUUUGCACAGGUGUUUUUUAAAUGUUACUAUUACCAAAUAGGCCUAAUUUUUAACACUGAUGUUUAUAUGCACACCAAUAUCCCGUUAUUGUCAGGCAUAUGUGUAUAGGUGGCAGGGAAGUCAGGCGCAGGAGAGCCAAACGGAGUGUAAAAUGGAGUCUUUUAAUAAUGUCCUAGUAACAUGCUCCAUAACACUAAACAGGAAAAGAACAUAAACAAAAUAUGGGUACGAAGACCCGACGCGCACCUAUACAACAAACAACGCUACACUGACAAUAAACAAUCUCUGACAAAGACAUGAGGGGAAACAGAGGGUUAAAUACACAACAGGUAAUGAAUGGGAUUGAAAACAGGUGUGUGGGAAGACGAGACAAAACCAAUGGAAAAUGAAAAAAGGAUCAAUGAUGGCUAGAAGACCGGUGACGUCGAACGCCGAGCACCGCCCGAACAAGGAGAGGCAACGACUUCGGCAGAAGUCGUGACAGUUAUUAUUCGGCAUACUCAAGUAUUCUAUUCUUGAGUUGACUCAUAUAAACGUCAUAUGCCAUUUACAAUAACCCGAAAAAUCUUGGCGUAUACUGCGUCGUAACUGUUGCUCAUUUAAUGAUUAAAGGUUUUUAAUUGCGUGAUGAACUGAAUCAAGUAAUUAUUAACUCAUUAACCUGGGGCACCAUGGGAAAAUUAGUUUUAUUGAGUUUCUAUCUCCCAAAUGAACUCAAAGAAUAUCAGAAUAUCGAUUUGACAACAGCCGCUAAUUAAUAGGUUACCUCUACAGUCUCGUUCUGAACGUCGCAUAAUCCGGGAAUCUGCACGGACCCGGGUCUCACCAAUGAGUUCGUACCACACCAAUCUUUGUUUAGUAUUUAUUUACUAGAAAGCUGAAAUGAUGAUAAAAGAUAUACAUACACAAAAACACAUUCUAGGCUAUUGAUUAGAACUUAGUAUAAUGGGCCAACACACUAUGGCGCAUGUUACCCAAAAUGGGGAUUUAAAAGAGAGAGAAAAAGAGAAAGUACACGAGAGAAAUAUACAUUUGGGUGAAUUUGUCAGCUAUGCUUAUUCUAACCCGAGCCUUGCCCCAACUGCCGCUCUUAUGGGUCAGAAUAUAAUGAUGUAAUUACGUGGGGAAGGUCUCUGUGGAUUCUCGGUCUCUGUGGAUUCACGGUCUCUGUGGACUGUUCAGGCUGCUCAAUGACGCAUUUCUCCGGCGCAACUCUUUGGUGUUCCUCACGAUGUCAGUGUCCUUUUGGCUUAGGAGUCUGUUCCCUCGCCCUUGCUCUGGAAGGGCUCUUCUGAGGACAGACAGCUCUGUAGCUCAGAGCUCACAGCGUAGGAAUGAAACCGUGUAGAUACCACGAUUCGAUGGGGAGUGGAGGCUUGGUGGUUCGACUUGAAUUCACCCGCUUAGACACAGCCACUCAUCCGUAGCUUGGGUAGAAAAAUAUUUAUUUGUCUUCAAACUUGUGUUGCGUUUUGGGUUCGUUGACUUUUUAGACCUCGGCUGCAGCUUGGGUCACUUAGUCUUGUCAUGAUGUUGGCCUGGGGCUAGGUUUAUGACAGUCAUAAAUACCUCUUCCCCCCUUUUUGCUCUCUCUACCCUACUGAUGUUACAUUUGCAAAACCCUUGGUUAACAUAGAGAUUCUGGGAACAUCAGAAGGUGGGGGGAAAUGAACUAUAUUCUGGUAAUCUGACCAAUUGAACAUAUGCGGUGGUACUUAAUGAAUAUGAUGUCAGUUCGGUUGUCAUCUGAGACAUUCUCAUCAAUGAUAAGAUGACAAACUCUACACAUCAGAGUUAUCUGAUUCACAUGGAAUUGUUGUUCAAUUUAAAUGUUUGAAUAUGAAAUUAUUUGUGAUGGGAUGAAAUGUGAUUUUAGCUUCUAAAAUGUGAGAUUUGGGUUUUCAUAAGGUUAGGGCUCUGCUCAAUCAGUGACCUGCCCCUGCGAAGGGACAUGGGCUGUCAAACACGCCCUCCUCUCCCUUCCUAUAUAAAGCCUUGACGACAAUAUAACCUCCUGUUCCGAGGAUGUGAGGACGACGGUCCGAUGUCAGAAUGGUUCAGAUAAUAACUACAGAACGAAGCCAACAUCAGCGUGAGCUUUGGUUGCGAAUGGUAUGAACUUUGAACUCUUAUUCACUACAGAAGUGAUACCGCCUAGCCGUUGAAUUAGCAACAGCAGCUGCAAACGCAGGUUAGGAAGGAACAGACAGAGUAUUCCGUCUACCACACAACGACGUUACUACAACGUAUUCAAUUUACUAGCAGAGACAUUCUUCAAAGGACUCGGUUGGGCAACAUGGCCUUCCAUCUACCACCGACCUACCGAAGCGCAGCUCAGAGUAAAUAUUUAUUGCAUUUUCCUUUUCCAAAUGGGCGGUAAUUUAGAAUGCAUAAAAUACUGUAUUUAUGAUAGCACAGAUUCUCCCUGUGUCCCUCAGUCUUCCCACUCUUUCACUCAAACCCAGCCACUUUUCUUUUGUGUAACCUGCUGUCAUAUCUGUUCCGCCCGCUAGGGGCGUUUUCCUUUAUGACGUAAUUUGUAAUCAUGUGUAUAUGUAAUUCUGUGUGAUUAGUUGGGUAUUUAGUAAAUAAAUCAUUAAAACCAA